UAUCCCUUCGCAGAAAUGUUCGCAACCAAGGCGAUGUUGGUGGCAGUGGCCCUGUCAAUCCUGGAGUGCACCACACGAGUGAUGGCCGACAACAAUGCCUGGAAAAAACUUGACGCAAGCCUCGUAGAAAAUCAAAAAAUAAUUGAGGAAAUACACAACAUGCUGCGUCGUUCUGUCACCCCGAGGGCUGAAAACAUGCUCAAAAUGGAAUACAAUACAGACGUGGCCAAAAACAGCAUCAAGUGGGCAGAGAAGUGCUUAUUUCAACACAGUACAGAUGCUGACCGCAUCUGGGUGAAUGAUAAUAUUAAGUGGAACUGCGGUGAGAACAUUUUCCUGUCGGGGAAUCCUCGCCCAUGGGACUCUGUGGUGUUUAGCUGGUACAGCGAAGUCAUUUCUCCAGGGUUUGAGUACGGGAAAGGUGCCAAGCACCCAGGGGCCGUAGGACACUUCACUCAGCUGGUGUGGUAUAAGUCUCAUCAGGUUGGGUGUGCGAUCAACUACUGCCCAAAUAUCCCUGGGGAUCUCAAGUACCUCUAUGUCUGCCAAUAUUGCCCAGCUGGAAACGACAACGCCAGGUUGAACUAUCCAUAUGACUUAGGGAAGCCAUGUGAAGCUUGUCCUGAUAGUUGUGUAAACAACUUGUGCACAAAUCCAUGCCUCUACAAAGACAAAUACAGCAAUUGUGAAGUAAUGGCCGACCGUUAUGGAUGUGGGAAUGAUGCCGCUGGAAAGACGAUAAAACUAAUGUGUCCUGCACAGUGUUUUUGCCCGAAACAAGUCAUAUAGCCUCAAACCAACCCGGAUACCAUACACCAGCAACAACAACCACACAGAUACUCUGAGUAUAAAUAAUAGAGUAAGAAACAAGUAGAAACAAGGGGAAAGUUUACUGUAAUUUUCUAGAAAGAAUAUGACCCAAAUAAUGAUCUAAUUUUAGAUUUCGGAAAUAAAAAAAAUUCCCGUUUGUUAUUUUUGCUUAGACUGUUACUGUGCAAGUUGAUUUGAUAUAGCAACAAUACCAUAUGUACUUGCAGUCCAUGUAGUGAGCUAAAGAUUAACAAUGCUAUUUUAUCUAAAUGGUGUAGAGGAAAUUAUAGAAAUGAAAAUGUAUUGAUAUGCUUCAAUGCAAGAUAUUUGUGGAAGUAGUUGACACAAAUAAAAGCUGAACAAUAUAAAAGCAAUGAAAAAAAUACAUGUUGU